GACGUCAUGAACAAUCGAACACUGAUGUUAGUAAGUAGGUCACACCAAUAAUGUAACUUUAACACUUUAAUAAACAAAACUAAAUAAUUAACUUGACUGGUCGGUUCUGUUGGCACGAUGGAUGACGCUGUCUUGUUCAAAGAGAGGCUGUGGGGGACCGCGGGGCUGGUGACGGUGGGCAUCAUGGCUGCCGGGGUCGGAUUGCUCUUCUACAUGAGACGCAAGUCGAAGAACGACCCGAUGAAGGAUGAUCUAAUUAUAUGUAUGAACACACUGAGCGACAUGAACUUCGCAUCAGACUAUUCCCUGUCACUGGAAACCUUCGUCUCCUCGUCCGAGUCCUCCGUGUCCGAGUUAGACUCGACCAGCUAUCCAGAGUUCGACAUCAGCAGGCUGCUCACGAACACCGGCAUGGAGGGAAUCCCAGACAUUUCCGUCGAGCCUAUCCACUCCCCGGGAGAACUCGCUGCCGAAAUAACCGUCCCGCCCGUCGACCCGCUGGAGAUUGCCGAACCGAUCGCGCCACCGACUCCAGCCGUUCGGGCUGCUUCGGCUCUUUCCGUGGCUGUCUCGUCUACCAGCAACCGGCAGUUACCUCGUCGAAGGGUUCGCUACUCUGGUGGAAGCGUCCUGCAACAACACCAGCAGGAACAGCACCAGCAGACGAACCGGAAGCGGUACCAUCUGGAGGGGACGCCGCCCGACGACUUCGCCGCGACGGCGUACAGCAAUAACGCCUGCGAGGGCGUCGACGUCUUCGCCGAGUCGGAGUUAAACAAUCAGAAAGACGCACAUUCCAAAAUUUUCCCUGUUAACAAGGACGGAAAGCCCAGGACGGAAGCGAAGCCCGUUUCCCACGAGACGCUCCGAACAUCCUCUCCUGUACUCGUGGCGUCGGAUCACGAGAAGCGCUCUGGUGCUGUGACGUCAUCAGAUCAUGCGGAGUUAUAUGGCGUUGUAACGUCAUUUGAUCACAAACAGUCGUCUCAUCACAUGACGUCGUCACAUCAAUGGAAGCUUUCUGAUUCUGUGACGACAUCACAUCUUGGCAAGCCAUCCGCUCUAAAGAAGGUGUCUGUGACGUUUUCUGAUCAGAUGACGUCAUCGAAUCGUGUGACGUCAUCGAAUAAUGCGACAACAUCGGAUCACUUUGCGUCAUCUGGUCGCGUGGCAUCAUCGAAAAUCGGCGAUGUCGGCUUAAACAUCUGCAGCAGGUUGUACCUAGAAAUGAGCGGAGCAGACGACGUGGCGUUCUGCAAAAUGCCGCACAUCGUCACCAGAUGCUCGGACGUCUUCCAGCAGUUGAUGGCGGCCGAGAAACUCAAACAACAACACCAGAAGUUGGACGAGGAGUUCAAGUUUAUGACGUCACUAGGUAAUCCCAACUGGGACGAAGUUCUGAGUCACCACACACCUGGGAUGUCUGUUCGUAGAGUAAGACGAAACUUCAAGUUAACUCACCACGAACGUAAAUAUUAAGAAACAAAAACAAUUAGUAUAUAACAAUCAUAUGAAAUAGGCGCCACAGGACAUAUGAAUCAUAUGAAACUGACGUCACAGUACAUACAAAUAUAUUGCAAGAUAAGUUUGAAAAAUCUCGAGUAGAAUAAACCGGCCACGUUAAUUUUCUUGCGCAUCGCGCGCCAUCCUUCGAUAUCAUUCGGCUAUAAUUGGUUAUCUAGGCGAUGUUGAAAUGCAUCAUUCUCCAUUUUAACGAUCACAAGCGGGCUGGGUUGGGAGGUUGGGGGGGGGGGGGGGGGGUUCAUUAUUAUUUUGGUAAAUAGUCUUAAAAAAUAUACAAAAUAUAUAAAAUAUACACGCAUAAAAAUGUGGUUAAAAUUAUAUUUGUUAUUAGUAUAUGAUGUCAUAAAAUGACGAGGCGAUAUCGUGAGUGUACUAAGAUUGUAGUUGUGUUUGUAUUUUACUAUUUUGUAUUAGUAUACGAUGUCAUAAUGUGGUUGCGAGUUUAUUAAAACCGUGGUUGUGUUUGUAUUUUACUAUUUUGUAUUAGUGUAUGAUAUCAUAAUGCGGUCAGGUGUGGUUGCGAGUUUAUUAAAACAGUGGUUGUGUUUGUAUUUUACUGUUUUGUAUUAGUAUAUGAUGUCAUAAUGCGGUCAGGUGAAAUUGUGAUUGUAUAAAAACUGUGGUUGUGUUUGUAUUUUACUGUUUUGUAUUAGUAUUUGAUGUCAUAAUGCGGUGAGGUGUGGUUGCGAGUUUAUUAAACGUGGUUGUGUUUGUAUUUUAUUAUUUUGUAUUAGUAUAUGAUAUCGUAAUGCGGUCAGGUGAAAUUGUGAUUGUAUAAAAACUGUGGUUGUGUUUGUAUUUUACUAUCGUGUAUUGGCAUAUGAUGUCAUAAUGUGGUGAAGUGUGUUUGGGAUUUUAUUAAAACUAUCAAUGUG